CUCACACACACCACCUUAAAAUCCACACCGCCCUGCUGUCACUCACGCACACACUAUCAUAUUCAAACACUGUCUCUCUGAGAUCUCAUCUCAUUUCCCUCUUGCUCUUCUUCUUCUUGUUUUCAUUGAUUUUUUUUAUACAAAGCUGGGAUUUUGAUUUCAUUUCCUCAUACCCAAUUGGAUUUUGAUCUGAACCCAGUUAAUCAUUAAGUCAGUGUAUUCUGAGGGAGCUGGACAAUAAGUGGAGUUUUUUAUGGUGAAUUUGACAUUGAAUGUCUGGUGAAACAAGAUCUUUGUAGUUCAUUACUGAACAGUGGAAGUUGCAAUUUACAUUUGUAUUGCUUUCAACUAAUAAAUGAUGAGGGGAAGAUCUGAUGGAUCUCAAAAGAAGCGCUUAGUUGCUUCCAUUUGUGCUGUGACAAUUUUCAUUGGUUUUCUGUAUGUGUAUGGUGGAUCCAUCUUUGGUUCACAUAAUAGUGGUUCAGCUGCUCUUGAAUAUGGCAGUAAAUCAUUGAGAAGACUUGGUUCAUCAUACUUAGGUGCAGAUGAUGACACUGAUGGAAAGCAAGAUGAAUCUUCAUCAAGUUUCAGGCUGGGAGAUGGGGACGAUAUUGUUCCAAAGAGUUUCCCUGUUUGUGAUGAUCGUCAUUCUGAGUUGAUUCCCUGCUUGGAUAGACACCUUAUCUAUCAAAUGCGGAUGAAGCUGGACCUGUCUGUGAUGGAACACUAUGAGAGACAUUGUCCUCCUGCAGAAAGGCGAUACAAUUGCUUGAUUCCUCCUCCACCAGCAUACAAGGUCCCUAUUAAGUGGCCACAGAGCAGAGAUGAGGUAUGGAAAGCAAAUAUCCCACAUACCCACCUUGCAAAGGAGAAGUCUGACCAGAAUUGGAUGAUUGUAAAGGGUGAAAAGAUAGCAUUUCCUGGUGGCGGGACUCAUUUUCACUAUGGAGCUGAUAAGUACAUUGCGUCAAUUGCAAAUAUGCUUAAUUUUUCGAACAAUAAUCUAAACAAUGAAGGAAGAUUGCGGACUGUGCUUGAUGUUGGUUGUGGUGUUGCAAGUUUUGGAGCAUAUCUUCUUUCAUCUGAUAUCAUUGCAAUGUCCUUGGCACCGAAUGAUGUGCAUCAAAAUCAAAUUCAAUUUGCUUUAGAAAGAGGAAUCCCUGCAUAUCUUGGUGUCUUGGGAACUAAGAGACUCCCUUAUCCAAGCAGAUCUUUUGAACUUGCUCAUUGUUCUCGUUGUCGAAUUGAUUGGCUUCAAAGAGAUGGAAUACUACUUCUUGAACUAGACCGGGUGCUCAGGCCCGGAGGUUAUUUUGCAUAUUCAUCUCCCGAGGCAUAUGCUCAGGAUGAAGAGGAUCUAAGGAUAUGGAGAGAAAUGAGUGAUCUUGUGGGGCGAAUGUGUUGGAGAAUAGCUGCAAAAAAGAAUCAAACUGUCAUCUGGCAAAAACCUCUGACAAAUGACUGCUAUAUGGAAAGAGAACCUGGUACCCGCCCUCCUCUUUGCCAGUCUGAUGAAGAUCCAGAUGCAGUUUGGGGUGUAAAUAUGGAGGCUUGCAUAACACCUUACAGUGAUCAUGUCAACAGAGCUAAGGGUAGUGGAUUAGCUCCAUGGCCUGCAAGAUUGACCAGUCCUCCUCCUAGAUUAGCUGACUUUGGCUAUUCAAAUGAAAUGUUUGAAAAGGACACGGAACUUUGGCAAAGAAGAGUUGAGAAAUACUGGAAUCUCUUGAGUCCAAAAAUCUCAUCAAACACAUUGAGGAAUAUUAUGGAUAUGAAAGCAAGCAUGGGUUCUUUUGCAGCUGCACUCAGAGACAAGGAUGUCUGGGUGAUGAACGUUGUGCCUCAAGAUGGACUGAACACUCUUAAGCUUGUAUAUGAUAGAGGCCUCAUAGGCAGUACUCAUGACUGGUGUGAAGCAUUUUCGACAUACCCCCGGACUUAUGAUUUACUCCAUGCGCCGAAUGUCUUCUCUGACCUGGAAAAGAAAGGCUGCAGCCCGGAAGAUCUAUUAAUUGAGAUGGAUCGCAUUCUUAGGCCAACCGGUUUCAUAAUCAUCCGGGAUAAACAGCCUGUGAUUGAUUUUGUGAAGAAGUAUUUAACUGCUUUGCACUGGGAAGCAGUUGCAACUUCAGAUUCCAGUUCUGACUCUGAUCAGGAUGGUGAUGAAGUUGUUUUUAUCAUUCAGAAGAAAUUGUGGCUGACUAGCAAAAGUUUCACGGAUUCGGAAUAGGACAACCAUUACAUUUUCCAUUUUCUUAUAUAUUAUCUGCUGGAAGUUACAAGGGCUGAAAGCAUUCCCAAGUGGUGAAAGCAGUGAACACCUUCAAUUUGUAGUGUUACAUAAUAUUUUUCUUUUCAUUCUAUUUCCUUCUAUUGAUUCUCAUAUUUGGGCUAAUGAUUCAUGUUACCAAGGAUAGGGCAUCACGCUUUUAUUCAAAAUUUUGCCUGCAUUUGGGUAUUAUGUAAGCUAGUUAAUAAUCAAGACAUUGCAGACUUGAUUGAAGUAUAGAUAAGGACUUUACAAGUUAUGUAACAUUAUAUAUUCAUAUAUUUUCUUCUCAGUA